AUGCAGCACUAUGGAAUUUCAGGCGACUCGCUUCGUUUGGCUGCUUUGAAAAAGCUGGUGUCGACCCCUUUGGAGAAGACUCGUGGAAAGGUGGUUCAGGCGGUCCUCCUUUCUACUCACAAAAUUCAGAAGGAAGAAAAGCAACUGGAUUGUGUUGAUUUGGAAGAUAUCAUUGCAUUAUGUCAUUCUGUACCUGAUUUGGUGUCAGAGAAGACGAGAAGAGAGCUUUUCAAGUGUUUGUCCCAUCAGUUGUUGCAAUGUCUAAACCAAGGGUUUUCAUUUUAUGGAACCCUCCAAAACUUUGGCCCAACACCGUGGUCUUAUCUCACGCGGCACAUAACGUCCGGUCUGAUAACAUUUGCCAAUCAUUUUGAAAGCUCUCGUCUUGAAGUUGAGGGAUUGUUUUUGCAAUACCUGGACAGUUUCAUGUCGAUCAAUGAUGUGGAACUUCCAGCUUUUUUUUCUCUUUAUGGGUUCAUUGAAGGGCUCAUAGACAAUGUGCAUUUAAUUUCUUUUCAGAAGCUUCUUCCCAGACUUUUAGAUCUUUUGAGUGCCGAGUUAUUGGAGAAAGUUGAACAGCUAAUUGAUAGUGCCACUCCAGCAUACGCAGAAAUAAUUGAGAAUUUUCUUUCCGACGAUAAUGAGUUUUGCUCUUUGAUAUUUGUGGAGGCAGUUGGACGUUUUUUCCAAUCGUACUUAGAGUAUCAAUUUUGUCCGAAUAGAGCACUUGUUACUACAUGCCUCCAGGAGAAGAAACGAAAAUAUGAAUUGUUAGAAGAAGACGUUGUUGCCAAUACAUCAACUCAGAAUACUCCGUUGAUAGCAUUUCCAAAAGAAAUUCAGAACAGACUUGGCGACUUUCUCAAUAGAUUACUUGAAAGCAGCAUUCACAAUUGUAAUCUCAUGGAUACUGGAGCUUCAUUCAUUUCGUUAUCAUCGUUUGCGAGAAUUCAGGUCCUUUACCGAGCCAAGUCUAAUUUUUUGCAGAUCCUUGGAUUCGCAAUUUAUUCUGAGGUAGCUACUACUGACGAUCUCAAGUCCUUCAUUUCAUUUUCAUUAUCUCAUCCCGGAUGUAUGACACACAAAGAUCUGGGUCACACGGUUGUCAGCCUGAGCGCUCUUCUGGCAUACUUUGAUGUCAAUUUUGGCUACAACUUACUCAAGGCUUAUCCAUUAUUGUUGGGCUCUGUAGACGUCAAUGAAACGAUAUGUGCAAAAAAUGCUGUGUUCAUUGCUUCAGCUAUGAAGCCAUUGACGCAGGAUGAUGUUAUUACUACAAUUUAUUCUCUAACUAAUGCCCUGUCUACAGAUGAUGAGUCCGCUGGGAAACUCAGAAGAUUGAGUCAAGUUGCCACUACUGGUAAUCAAACGGACAACGUGUCACUGGACAGUUUUGAAUCUCACUUUUUGAAAAAUAUAACGACAACAUUGAUCUCAUUCACAAAGACCUUAAACGACGACUCCAUAACUUUACUGGUUAUCAACAUUCUUACACAAAAGUAUUCUUUUUCUGUUUCAGUGCUUGAUAAACAUAUCCUAUUGGCAUUAGCUGAUUGCACAUUGUUUGCUUCUGAAGAUGAGUUUAAUGCCGUCAUGAAGCAUUUUUCUUUUACAGUGCAAAUCGCUUUCGAAAAAAACAAUCUGCAAUUAGUGUCUUCGACUAUGGAUGUACUCUACUCCAUUUCUUCCAGAUUGCACGAUUCUCCCUUUUCGACAAAAUAUUCCCUUUAUUUAAAGGAGCUUCUUUCUUGUGUAAGCAACUUUGGUGAUGUGGAAGAAUUGGAGCAUCAUCGUUCGAAUAAAGAGAUUUCGGGCAUUGCUGUACAAAUUGCUUUCUACUUGAAACCUUUGGCUAGGUUACUUCCAGACUUUACAGAGGAGCCGUUAGUAAUAAAAAAUUUGGAGAUUACAAGCCUUUUUCAGGAUGUAUGGUAUAACAUGAUUAUUCACGGAUUUUCGGAGUCAUCUACACUCUUUGAAGAACAUAAAGAGUAUUUGUUGAGAAUUGCAAGAUCGUCACCUCCACUUGCCUCUGCUGAGUCAUGGAAUAAGACCGAAACGUCCAUCCGGAUGAAUGCUGUACUACGCCGUGGUACGUCCAACAGGAAUAUUAAAAGCCAGAAAGAAGUUGUCAUUUCCUACCUUAAGUCAGGUAAAGUAAACACCAGAGGAUUUGAACUUCAAUCAUCCACAACAGAGAUUCUAUUUUUAGGCUCCGUGAGUUUUCUAGAAUCUUUGAGAGUGCAAACAGGAAUCUGUCAUAAGAUUUUGGCUUAUUUCUCAGAUCCAAGCGUUCAUACCACUGGUGUGGAACAUUUAAUUGGCGGGAUCUCUUUAGCUUUCACAAAGAAGUAUGUGCAGCUUUGCGAUUAUCCUUUAUGGCCCGGAUUUUUGACAGAAAGAAUUCCCUACCAGUUGAAGACCAUGAUGACCUAUUGUUGCUCUAGAGAAACUGUGACUCAAAGUACUGCAUUCCAAUGUUGCGACUACCUUGUUUGCAACAUUCCAUCAUCUUUGUGCCAUCACACUAGCUUGUUCUCCCUCUUGGAUAUUCUUACAUUACUGCAGGAUUCUGUAAGAGAUUUUGCUGAGAAUGAAUAUAAUCCCACCGUCGAGUUUUAUUCAGAGGCAUCUGAUAUUAGGCUUCAACUCAGCGAUUCUGAAUCUUGGAGGAAAAGUACUCUGAGAAAGUUCAUCGAUUAUGCCAACAAAUGGGUCAACUUGUGUAUUUCCAAAUGCGGGCAGGAUGUUAAUUCGUUGUUUUACUCUUAUCUAACAACCAAUUAUGAUGGCAGAUACAAUGAUGAAGAAAAUUUCGGAAAAUCCUGUGCUGUACAAUUUUUACGGCAGAAGGCAACAAGUCACUCUUUGACUAAAGGUCAUUUCAGCUUAGCCGAUUUGAGCAGAUUGUUCCCGAAAGACGGAAGUUUGACUAGCCAAGAGACGAUUGAAGAUGCAUAUAAACGAUGCAUUGAGCUGGAGCAAAACUUGAAAAGCAAUAAGAAGGUGACUGACCGUCAUAUACUAGAGGUUUUGGAGAGCUGCAUUGGAACUAUUCAUCCAGCGAGAAAUGAUACCGCUCAUUUGCUGAAAUGCGCAAUUUCUAUUCCAUUCCAAUGCACGAAGAAUAUUAUCUUACCUACUGCCAUUAAUUUCUGGUUAUCAAUAAUCAAAGAGUUCCCACAGCUUUCCAGCUCGAUUAUAGCAGAAAUUUUACAUCAGUGGGAGCUAUCGAUUCAAAAGGGUCACUCAUUGUUUAAUCGAUCAUUUGAUAUUACUGAACCAGAAUUUGCUCCAAUGGAGUACAUGCCAUCUGAUAGAGCAAAGAUGGAUAGACUUGGGAAGAAAGCUGUCGACAAUAUUGUCCCACAUUUAUUACUUAUCCGAUUCUUCCUUUCCAAUUUUGAGGCAACCAGAUACCAAAGUUAUCAUAUACUAAGAUCGUAUUCUGAUACCGUCUUGUUUGCCUUGAGAAGCUUGAAAAAAGCUAGUAUCCAUCCAUAUGCCCGUUUACCAAGGUUCGAACUCAUUAAGCUAGGAAUUUCAGUAUUCCAGGUCAACUUUCGUGCUAAGUCUUCCUUUUCUGAACCUUUAGCUUAUGCGUUGAUUGAGGCCGCCCUUUCAUGGUUUAUCAAGCCAUUCAAGUUUCCAUUUGGAGGCAAUAGAAAUUGGCUGAAAUCUGAUUUUGAUGUACUUAUCGAGGUUACCAACCUGUUUCGAAAAAUGAAUUUGCAGCUGUAUGCUGGAUUAGAGAGCCAAAAACGUUUACUAUUGAGUUUCCUGGAUCAUGAGUUGAACAAUGUAUACGUAUGGAAUAACGUUCUUGGAACAAAUGAUAUUCGAAACAAGUACAUGCUUGGUCCUGUUACUGAAACUCAAAUAAAUGAUGCGUUUUCAAUCAACCCAGGUUUGGCCAUCAAUCUGGCUAGUCGUUAUAAUAACAACAAGCUGACCGGUGCAUUAAGGGAUCUUUUGGCUUCCAAUCCGAUUGCAGCAAUCAAUUAUCCCAACGCGGUUCCAUUCUUGUUAAACCUCGAUAACUCCAGGGAUUUGAUUGUUCCUAAAUCACUACUAAUAUGGGAACCUGUUUCACCAAUUGAUUCCAUUGCUCUCUUUUUACCCCCAUACAACAGGAACCCCACGGUACUUCAGUUUGCUAUGAGAUCUUUGGAAAGCUAUGACGUUCAACUAACUUUCUUCUACGUUCCCCAGAUUGUGCAGGCGCUGCGGUAUGACAAUGAAUGGGGUUAUACCACUCGAUUUGUCUUGGAGACAGCUCAGGUUUCCCAACUAUUUGCCCAUCAAAUUAUCUGGAAUAUGAUGGCUAACAGUUACAAAGACGAAGAAGCAACGAUUCCUGAUGAUAUCAAACCAAAGUUGGAUCAAGUCCUAAUCGAAAUGAAAAAAUCUUUCCGCCCGGUUGACCUUGAGUUUUAUAAAAGAGAGUUCAAUUUCUUUGACCAAGUCACUGGUAUUUCGGGGAAGCUGAAACCUUACAUUAAAAAGUCGAAAGCUGAGAAGAAGAUAAAGAUCGAUGAAGAAAUGGCUAAAAUUGAAGUUCUUCGAGGUGUCUAUUUACCCAGUAAUCCUAAUGGUGACGUGGUGGAUAUACAUCGUAAAUCAGGAAAGCCUUUACAAUCGCAUGCAAAAGCGCCUUUUAUCGCCUCUUUCAAGGUUCGCAAACCAGUCGAAGAUGACGAAAACGGUGAUGGAAUUCCCCAGUAUCGAGUUACAGACAUCUCUGCAAUCUUCAAAGUGGGUGAUGACUGUAGGCAAGACGUUCUGGCGUUACAGUUGAUUUCUUUAUUUAGAACUAUCUGGAUGAACUCAGGAGUUGACCUUUACGUCUUUCCAUAUAAAGUUACGGCUACGGCUCCUGGUUGCGGAGUGAUUGAUGUGUUGCCAAAUUCUGUUUCUCGUGACAUGCUGGGUAGGGAAGCUGUAAAUGGUCUUUAUGAGUACUUCAUCUCCAAGUUUGGACCCGAAACUUCAUCCGAGUUUCAGAAGGCCCGUGCCAAUUUUGUCAAAUCAUUAGCAGCUUACUCUGUGAUAUCUUAUUUGUUACAGUUCAAAGACCGUCACAAUGGUAACAUUAUGUACGAUAGUGAAGGCCACAUUCUUCAUAUCGACUUUGGGUUCUGUUUUGAUAUAGUUCCCGGUGGAGUCAAGUUUGAACAGUCACCUUUCAAACUAACUAAAGAGAUGGUUAAUGUAAUGGGAGGAAACACAAGUACUCAGGCUUAUAGAUGGUUUGAAGAGCUAUGCGUUAAGGCAUUCUUAUCCGCAAGACCUUACAUGGAAACGAUUGUGAGAUGCAUAGUUCCAAUGUUGGAUAGCGGUCUUCCAUGUUUCAAACCUGCAACAAUCAAAAGAUUGAGAGCUAGAUUUGUGCCCGACAAGACAGAAAGACAAGCGGCAAACUACAUGAGAGGAUUAAUCAGCAAGUCAUUUGAAAGUUUACCCACUAAGGGCUAUGAUGAAUUUCAAAAAAUUACCAACGGUAUCCCCUACUAA